GUCAUAUCCGUCGUUGUCAUGUCAUUGUCAGCUGAGAUGAGUCUGCCAUGUGCCAGGUCAAGUCCGAGUCAGCUUGACGUGGAACACUCCUGUGCAGCUCAGGCUUAGACUGCUCUCGUGUCUACGUAGACCAGCUCAUCCUGCCAUCUCAGUAUUUCCCCAAGACCCCAACCAUCAUCAACUCCCGGCUCAAGCACCGUCUGCUCGCGAAAGAGAAAAUGAGACUCCCACUUCAGCGACAGGCGGCCACCGCGGCCUUCCUGUUGCUCGUCAGCUCCACGAUGGCGGACGUCCCCCAUUGGACCGACGCCGAGUCAUACAACGCCGGGGCCCUCGGCGACGCCCCCAACCAAACCUUCCGCAGCAGCCCGGGCAUCAUGGCCCCGAUCUUCCAAGUCACCAAGCUCGACAUCUCACAACUCGACUCUGCCCCCUAUCUCUUCCUCGACUGGCACUACGACCACGCCGGCGCGCCAAUGAUCUUCCGCGCCGACGAUCUGAGUCUUGUGUACGCCGACCAGUGGUGCCCGCACGUCAAGAACACACGCGUGCAGGAGCUGGGUGGCGAGCGGUUCCUCACGUUCUGGGAGGGGGCUGACUUCUGGGGGUAUGGGAGGGGUGGUUGUCUGUUUUUUGAUGAGGGGUAUAAUCUGCGAUAUAACAUCACGCCGAUUGGGGAUCAGUUUGAGUUGUUGACUGAUCUGCAUGAGUGUCAGGUUACGGAGGAGGGUACGGUGUUGAUUGCGAUUUAUGAUCCCAUACCGUUUGAUUUGAGUCCGAUUGGGGGCCCGGUUGAUGGGACGUUGUUGGAUGGGGUGUUUCAGGAGAUUGAUCCAAAGACGAACAGCUUGAACUACCUCGUCUCCAGCGCAUCCUUCAACCACGCGAUCCUCAUCAACGGCACCGACGGUAGCACAAUCUGGACGCUUGGCGGCGAGGACAACGACUUCCAGUUUCUCCACGGCGACCCGGGUUUCGCCAUGCCGCAUCAGCCUCGCCUCCUCAAGUCCGAAGACAACUCCAACCACGUCACCCUCUUCGACAACCAGGUUGAACGAGUCAACGCCGUGGGCUGCACAGCAAACUGUUCCAGGGGUAUACAUGUGAAGCUUGACCAUGAGAAGAAGACGGCCGAGGUUGUUCGCGAGUUUUUCCAUCCCAUGAGCCUCAAGUCCCUCGCCCAGGGCGGAUUCACUUCCUUGAAAGGUGGGAAUGUGUUGGUUGCGUGGGGUACCCAGCCUGGGGUGACAGAGCAUAAGGCGAAUGGGGAGGUGGUUAUGGAUAUCCAGUUUGGGAGGAUUGGGAAUGAGUAUCAUCCGGAGUGGAAUGCUGCGUACAGGGUGUUCAAGGGGCAUUGGAAGGGACAGCCGGCGUGGGAUCCGAGCAUCGCGGUUGAGGAUGGGACGGUGUAUGUGAGCUGGAAUGGCGCGACGGAGGUUGCUGGGUGGAUUGUGUUUGGGAGUGACCACGCCGACAAGAUCCACGGAAGCACUACGAUUCUUGCCAAGUCGCCGAGGCGGGGUUUCGAAACGGUUAUUCCGCUGUCGCAUGUCCCGAGGUAUCUGCGUGCCGCUGCCACCGACUCCAAGGGUCGGGUUUUAGGGUAUACUGCCGCUUGGGAC